AUGUUUUCAACUCUCUAUUUCUUACUAAUUAUACCAAUGUUAAUACUGAUUGGAAUUUGUAAAGUUUGCUUUUUUAAAAAAUAAGGAAAUAGAAGAGAUUAGUUUGGAAGUUUAUAGGAGCGGAUGAAGAAAAAAAUAGUUUUUGGUUAUGCUGAAUUAAUGCAGACAAUGAGUCAGGAAGAUUUACAAAUUUUACAAUAAACAUAUGAAAACACAAUAAAGAAUGCUUAGAGUAUAGAAAUUUAAGGAGGAAAGGUUUAAAGGUAAUAGAAAAGUAGUAAAAAAGUGAUAUUUAUAGAUGAUUUGGAUUAGUAAUCAACAGAAUAAUCUAAUUUAAUUUGA